AUGCAAAACAGUACAGAACAAGAACUUACCCAAACCAAGAUCAAAUUCACGCGAUGGCUUUCUGAAAUGCAAUUGGGAAGUGAUGUUUUACCAGGCAUUGAUAGCAUGUUCUCCAAUUCGAUUGGCAAUAUUUUGAAAAAGUGUAGAGGAAUUAGAUACAUGUGUGAAAAGGACAUUGAGGAUUGUGCGGAUCAGUUAAAAUUGGCUCUCAAACUUGAAGAAGGAAGACAAUUGGAAAUUGUUGACGAAAUUAAAAAGAGAAUUCACAAAAUUAAGGAAUUAUUAAGGGAUGAAGGAGUAAAUUCUGUGGAGAUUGUGAAAACAAUUGAACAAUUAAAGACUAUUAUUAAUAAUGUUCCGUUAGAAAGUUUGGGAAAUUUCCAAUUGAAUCCAAAGGAAAACUAUCAAGAAAAAAUUGCAGAACUUUCUUCCAAUUUCUUCAAAUUGAAAAGCAAUGAAAGUAGUGAAUCACAAGUACAAGAAACUGUUUCAGUUCAAGAGAUUGUGCCAGAAGAAACUACUCAAUUAAUUUUAAAUACUCCACUCCCAUGUAAACCAUUCAGUUUUAAAGAAUGUUUGGUGAAGAGAAUUGAAAAGGAUGCGAAUAGCAAUCCAAUAAGAAAAGGAGUUGGAUUUGCCUUCUCGUAUAAACAUAGGCUGUCCAUAUGUGGUAAUGGUAACAAACUCCUCAUUUAUCAUUUAGACACACUUGAAUUUAUAUGUUAUGCACCAUUUCCCACUUCCCCAACUGAUUUGGAAAUCAUAAACAACUAUGAUGGUUUAGGAAAUGAUGGUUUACUGUUAUCCUUUCCAAGUAAAUUAACUAAAUUCCAAUUAGAACUCUACAAUCUCCCUAAUUUGGUUAAAAUCAAAAAAGUGGUUCCUGACAAUGAGGUCAAACCAGUUUGGGGCUAUUCCACCCCCAAUGAACACAGUGAUAUAUAUGGAGUAUGUGUAAAACACGGCACCACACAAAAUAACAAUAACAAUGGAAGAGGACAUUUAAUUUACUUUACAAAAAAAACAGGAUUUGAAAAGGGAAAGCAUAGUAUUGUAAUAAUUGACUUGAAAGGAAGUGUUAUUUGUGAAUUUAAACAUGGAGCAGCUCAUGGACUUGCUUUGGUUGAUGAUUGUUUGAUUGCAACAGAUUCAGAUUAUAGAAUAAUUACAGUUUUCCAAAAUCAAGGAAAUGGUCAAUUAGAAAAUUAUGUCAAUGUGAGCUCAAUGAAAAGAUCUGUUUCAAGCCCCAUAUGUUUCGAUCCAAUAAGCAAGUCUAUCUUUAUUUCAGAUAUUUUGAAAUCGAAUACUGAAAGUGUUGUCUCUGUAUUCAAGUUGGAGAAGGGAAAUUUAGUUUUUUCCAAACAAUUGAAAACACCCGAUGAAUCAGGAAGUUAUCGUAAAAACGAAAAAGAGUUUACAAUUCACAGAUUUUUUGGAAUGGAUUUUGAUUCUAGUAAUGGAAGGUUAUGGAUGUUUGAAACUGCUCAUUUCCAUAAUAAUCAGGGAAGUAUUAUCAUUUUGAGUUGA